AUGAAUGGAUUCGUCAGAAUAUCGAAUCCAGGUCGAAGAGACAACUUCAAGGAAGGUGGCAACACGUAUUCGGGCAGAAAAAAAUUGAUACUGGAAUCCAAAGUUCACAAAAAGAUCGUAGUACAUCUGAGUGUCAUCAAAGAUGAAACAGCUCACGCCUUGAACGACAAUGCUCACCGCUGUUCCGUGAGAUAUCCGAGAAUACUACGAUAUGACGAGUCACUACGGUGUCAAUCAGAGCAAUCUGAUCGCGUGCUUCGUCUUGAUCAACGAUCCAAACGAGAAGGACUCUCAUUCGGCUCAUCAAUCCAAUACGUCUGCGAACCGGACAGCCUAAACGGCGCCGACGGCAAGUACAUAGCCCACAUGAACCCGAUCGUUCUAUAA